AUGCCUGCCAAGAGUACGCUCAUUGCCAUAUCCUCGGUCGGGAUUCCUGAUGUUGACUACUUUACAGGAUACAUCUUCACCUUCAAGGAGGGAACAGGCGAGAAUUCCCCACAAGCCAUAAAAGCAAAGGAGUUUAUCAAGAGCCAGGGUGGCAAGAUCACACACGAUUAUGGCGAAAUUGGAUUCGCUGCGGAAGUUCCAGAACAAGGCUAUGCUAAUAUAGCGAGUUUCACGGAUAAUGACUUGGCAGAUGCGGUGGAGGCUGUGGAGGAAGAUGGUUCUGGUGAAGCUUUCAACGUUGGUCGAUUCUUAGAAGAGACAAGUCCAUACGCCUGGGCAAUGGUGGGGAUUGGCCUCUGCAUUGGGCUCAGUGUAAUGGGCGCUGGAUGGGGUAUUUUCGUUACUGGCGCGUCCAUCCUCGGUGGAGGUGUUAGGACACCACGUAUUCGCACUAAGAAUUUGAUCAGUAUUAUCUUUUGCGAAGUUGUGGCCAUUUACGGUGUUAUUAUGGCUAUCGUAUACUCUCAGCGAGUUAAUCAAAACAUUCCCGAAGACCAGCUAUACACUCGCGAGAAUUAUUAUACUGGCUUCGCAUUGUUCUGGGGAGGCUUGACCGUUGGUUUCUGCAAUUUACUUUGUGGUGUUUCCGUUGGUAUCACCGGUUCCAACGCUGCGCUAGCCGACGCUGCGGACCCCAGCUUGUUUGUAAAAGUGUUGAUUGUUGAGAUUUUUGGCUCGAUCAUGGGCUUGUUUGGCUUGAUCGUGGGCCUCUUAGUUGUCCAGAAAGCGGAAGAAUUCAAAGGCGCAGGAGCUGCCACACUUCUCAUGCACUGA